AUGUCCAUGUUGCUGCCGACUGCUUCUGCCUCGUCUGCAGGCGAUACCCAACCCCGAGCAGAUGGUCUUCAAUAUGUCGGAGUUGACUGGUCUUCUGUUCUCGUCGAGGAACGUGACCAUGGCGUCGUCUACAAGAAUGCACAAUCGGUCGAGAUGCCCCUGGAGAACAUUCUCGUAGAAGCCGGCGUCAACAUGGUUCGCCAGCGUGUUUGGACGGUGGACGGCGACUACGGAGUGCAAUACAAUCUUGAGCUGGCACGACGGGCGAACAAAGCAGGCUUGAUGUUUGGCCUCAACCUUCACUACAGCGAUACAUGGACCAACCCAACCCUCCAAGCCAUUCCGUCGGGCUGGCCGCAUGACAUUGACUCUCUCGAGAAGCAACUGUACAACUAUACAGCCGAUGUAUGUGAGACGUUUGCCGCAGAGGGUCUUUAUCCCGAGACGAUUACCAUCGGCAACGAGAUCCCAUCGGGCUUUCUCUGGCCAACCGGAUACAUUGAAAACCCAGAGAACCUUGCCCGACUCCUACACAGCGCUGCCAAGGCGGUUCGAGAUUCAUCGCUGGGAGGCCAGACAAAGGUCAUGACCCACCUUGCGCAUGGAUACAAUGUUGAACUACAACAUUGGUUCUACGACCUGGUAUUGGACACUGGUUUCCUGUCUGUCAGUGACUGGGAUGUUAUCGCCGUCUCGUUCUAUCCAUUCUGGGGAGAAGGUGCCACGAUGGACGCAUUGACUACGAGUCUCACGAGCUUGUCAACGAAGUAUAACAAAGAAGUCCAGGUGGUGGAGACAAACUGGCCGACACAGUGCACCAACCCGGAGUAUCAGUUCCCUGAAGACCAGCUCGAUAUCCCAUUAAACCCGGCAGGUCAGAUUGAGUAUCUCCAGCGUCUGUCUUCUACACUCAAGGCGAUACCGGGUGCAACUGGUCUUAACUACUGGGAGCCGGCGUGGAUCAAUAAUGCUGGUUUGGGGUCUUCCUGCGAGAAAAACAUCAUGUUUGACCCCAGUGGUCAGGCGUAUGACAGCUUGUCUGUUUUUGGAUCUCUCUAG